AUGGCGUCUGCCGGAAAGGAGGAGCAGGUCAGUGCUACCCCAACCGUGGACGCUGGCCAAGCGCGAGCGCUCCUGAGCUCCGGCGGCGGAGGUCACGCGUAUCUGGACGUCAGGCUGCCGGUGGACUUCGACAAGGACCAUGCCGCCGGCGCCGUCAACGUACCCUACUACCUCGCCGUUACUCCCCAGGGGAAGGAGAAGAACCCGAAAUUCGUGGAGGAAGUAGCUGCGCUCUAUGGGAAGGAACAUCACUUGGUCGUGGCUUGCCGCACUGGCGUGAGAUCCAAGCUUGCGACCGCGGACCUCGUAAAUGCGGGGUAUGAGAACGCGAGGAGCCUGCAAGGUGGCUACGUUGCCUUCCUCCAGAGCGCAGCCGCGGAUCAGCAGCCAGCACCUCAGCAGUUGUGA